GCCAGAGCGAGGCUGUGAGCUGAGCUAGUCGCGUGAGGCACGGUGGCUCCGCUUCAGGUGUGACUGGCAGCAGCGACCUGGCUGAGAGAAGUGGCGAGUGCGGUUCCUCUUGCGGUGUGAGAGCGGUCACUAUGGACCGCCCGGAUGAGGGGCCUCCGGCCAAGGCCCGCCGCCUGAGCAGCUCAGAGCCCCCUCAGGACGACGUGCCGCCGCCGCCGCCGCCGCCGCCGCCACCGCCACCACUCCUGCGACUGCCCCUGCCUCCACCCGAGCAGCGCCCGAGGCUCCGGGAGGAAACUGAGGCGGCACAGGUGCUGGCUGACAUGAGGGGGGUGGGACUGGGCCCCACUCUUCCCCCGCCGCCGCCCUAUGUCAUUCUGGAGGAGGGGGGAGUUCGCGCAUACUUCACCCUGGGUACUGGGUGUUCCUGCUGGGAUCCUGAGAUCGAGUCUGGGUAUGGGGGGGCGCCCCCUCCCACGGAGAGCUUAGAAACACUCUCUCCUUCGGAGGUUUCUGGGGGAAGCCUGGAAAUCGACAUUCAGGUUUCGGAGCCCGGCAGCUUUGAUGGAGAAAAGGCCCUAGAAACCUGUAGCAUAGGGGGGCGGGGGUACCAGAUGUUAGCCGAUCUACAGGGAAAGGAAGAGACCAUCAUCAUAGUGGAAGACGAUGAGGAGAAUGAAAAGGAAAGUGUGAGGAAGAGGAGGAGGAGGAAGAGGAAGCACAGGAAGGUGAAGAAGGAAAGCGAAGAGAUAAAUGCCGAGAAGAUAGAGUACAUCCUGCAGGCACUGGAAAACAUUCAGCUGGACCUGGAGGCAGUAAACAUCAAGGCAGGCAAGGCCUUCCUCCGUCUCAAGCGCAAGUUCAUUCAGAUGCGGAGACCCUUCCUGGAACGCAGAGACCUUAUCAUCCAGCAUAUCCCAGGCUUCUGGGUCAAAGCAUUCCUCAACCACCCCAAAAUUUCAAUCUUGAUCAACCAACGUGAUGAAGACAUUUUCCGCUACUUGACCAAUCUGCAGGUACAGGAUCUCAGACAUAUCUCCAUGGGCUACAAAAUGAAGCUGUACUUCCAGACAAACCCCUAUUUCACAAACAUGGUGAUUGUCAAGGAGUUCCAGUGCAACCGAUCGGGCCGGCUGGUGUCUCACUCUACCCCAAUCCGUUGGCACCGGGGCCAGGAACCCCAGGCCCACAAGCACAGGAACCAGGACACCAAGCACAGCUUCUUCAGCUGGUUCUCAAAUCACAGCCUCCCAGAGGCCGACAGGAUUGCUGAGAUUAUCAAGAAUGACCUGUGGGUUAACCCUCUGCGCUACUACAUGAUGGGUGAAGGUGGCUACAGGGCCAAAAGAAAGAAGCAAGAAAAGAAAGAAAGGCUUUCCCACAGUAAAAAGAGGAACAAGUAUGAGGUGGUGAUCAUGGAAGACUUUGAUGACUAUCAAGUAAUGGAAGAUAUUAUUGGUGAGACCUCAGACAGUGAUGUUAUCACUGACAAUGAGACCAUUCACGACAUCAAGAUAUCUGACUUCAUGGAGACCACUGACUGCUUCGAGACCACUGACAACGAGAUAACUGACAUCAACGAGAGCCUCUGUGAUAGCGAGAGCCUCUGUGACAGCGAGAUCCCAGACCACAGUGAGACCACUGACAACAAUGAGAUUGCCAUUGAUUACAAAAAUCCUGAUGAUAACAAUGAGAACACUGACGGUGAUGAUGAGAACCCACAGGGUGGCAGCUACAGCAACAACCUGGGCAGCAGUGAUAGUGACAAUGAUGGAGACAACGAGGCCAGUGAUGAUGAAGAUAAUGAUGGCAAUGAAGGUGACAGUGAAGGCAGUGAUGAUGACGGCAAUGAAGGUGACAAUGAAGGCAGUGAUGAUGACGACAGAGACAUUUAUGAUUAUGGGAAUGACACUGAAGAGUCUGAGAAGGAUCAAGUUAACAGCAGCUACCUGUAUGAAUAUGAUAAUGAGGUAGAGACCUUCUUCGAAGAAGAAUCAUCAAUGGAGGAAGAAGAGGAGGGUAGUGGGGAAGGAGGUGAGGACAGCCAUGACGAGGGAGAAAGUGAGGAGGAGGAAGGAAUCAAAGAAGAGUGGGAAGACUCUGACAUGGAGGAAGUCCUUCAGGUCCAAAAUGCUUGGGUGGACCCCGUGAAGAGAGGCAAAAUCGGAUAAACAAACAUCCCACCCUUGCCAUUGUAGGGGCUACCUCUGUAUUCCUCUCCCUCUCUCCCAUUUGUCCUCCCCUUCAGCUAGGGCCUUGAAGCCCCACAUUGCACUUCUGGGGGGUGACCAACUUCGUACACGGGUUUGAAGUUUAUUUUUAUGGUUUAGUAAUUGCAGAGUUCUUUUGGGGAGCAGGGGGAGGGGGAUUUCCCCUUUCCUUUGGCCCUCCCUCGCAGGCUUCUGUGUGCUGCUAUGUAUUUAUUGUGAUGCCUUGGUCAGGGCCCCUCUGUUCCCCUCCUCGUGCUGUAUGGAGUGGACACCCUUGAUCUUGAAGUGGGGCAGGCUGCUGUGGCCUUGGGGGCUCUGCUGCCACCCUGUUGUCCCAAGUCUCUUUCCCUCACCUUUUCCCGCUAUGCCCGCUAGCCCGCAUCGGUGUCUAUGCAAGGCCGCUUUGCCAUUGCGGUGUUCCUAUCCCACUCCCCCAGAAGCCCUGCCUCAUUCCCUGUGAACCCUGGUAAUCCCAAUAAA